GGCAACGGCAGAGCAAGCGGAUGCACUGCUCGACUGCAGCGGCUUUCUGCAGGACGAAUGGCUGCAGCGCGGCUGAAUCGUUUAACUACAAGAAGUUCUUCGAGAUGGUAGGAUUGAAAAAGAAGAGCCCAGAAGAUGUGAAGAAGGUUUUCCAUAUUCUCGAUAAAGAUCGAAGCGGCUUCAUCGAAGAGGACGAAUUAAAGUUUGUACUGAAGGGCUUUACCCCAGAUGGAAGAGAACUAUCGGACAAAGAAACGAAGGCUCUUCUGGCUGCCGGAGAUAAGGAUGGUGAUGGUAAAAUUGGCGCUGAUGGUCUUCUGCUUGAAACCUUUUAUCAUUCCUGCAAGACUGUUCAGCUCAGAAACAGUUCCACCAGCUUACCCCUUGUCUGACCAAGAUUUGUAAUUUGUGGCUGAUCUGCCAGUUUCAAACAGCUGAAAACUUGCAGCCUAUUCAUGCAAGACAUGAUCAUCUUCUGUGUGAUGUCGAGCCUCCUCUAUCUUCCACUGAUGUGAACAGAAGAUGACGAAUUGGAAAAAAAAUUGCAGGCCAAGGCCAGGUUACCUAAUAAAACUACAAACAUUAGCUUCCAGAUUGGAUUGGGAAGCAACGCUGAAGCAGCUCUGUCAGCUUCAGGAGAGCCUUUGUAAGAAAGAGGAGAAAAGAAAAUGAAGAUUUCUGCUUGUAAUGUUUUUUUAAUAUAUUUUGUGUAUUAGAACUGGAUGUGCACAUCAUGACUUCCAUUUUCUUGAUAUUAAUAGACUUGAGAAGGUACAUAGAGAAUGUAAAGAUCAUGCACUGUAGACAGAACAAAUCCAAAUUUUUAUCCCAAUAAGUAAAAAUACUUUCCUUGAAACAGCUCAACUUCUGCAGAUACCUUAAAAUAUUUCAAUCAUUUUCUUUAAACGUUGUAAAAAUGAGAUGUCAAGUCUUGCCACAGGUAAAAGUCAAGACAAAAAAAAAAUCUUUUGGAAGGCCUUCUUUUCUUAUCCCUCGUUGUGCUCUUAUAUCUUCGAAAAUAAAUUAGUGUAGCUCAUUACUUAUGAAGUUUCCUAAACAGAUUUGCUAUUGUAUGGAUAAUGUAAAAAACAAUCUGAUGAGAGAAAUCAUUAGCCUACACCAUGUCCUCUGUAAUUAUAUCUGUCAUUUCAGUAAAACACUACAGGGUAUGUAUUAGGCUGGUAUAAACUACUAAACCAUACUAAACACAGUGAAGCAAUCCUCUCCUUUUAAGUCAGAGCUUUGACACAAGAUAGCUAGUAAAUUAUUUUACAUGACAAAAUGGUCUAAAUCCUUGUAACUUAAAACUAUUACUUGUGCAAAGAAAGACAGAAUUUUGCUUGGAAGGAGAAUUACAACUGGAAAAGAGGAUGUAGUCAAUCACAAGGAUUCUCUCACUAACAGCAAUAAACUUUUACGAGAAUGACUAACAGGCAGGGCCUAACAUGCAGUGCAUUACCCCAGAAGUUUUCUAUGUGUGGCUACAGUCUGUAACAACACCUCCACAAACCACCUGUGGUUGGGCUCACCUUCACAGAAGAAUAAAUAGUGAACUAGUUCACAAGAUUAUUCAGCAUCUUUGAAAUAUUUAAAGUACAUUGAAAAUCCUGGAAAAGGUAUAAAGCGCAUAGCAGUUAUUCAUGAAGGAGUAUUUAUGGUUUGCUGGCUACCAGAAAGUACUCAUGAAAUAUAUUGCCGUUAAGUGAUAAUAUCACUAUCAUAACAUAUUAUAGAAAAUAUUUGGCUGCGAGUCUGAAUAACCUUUUCCAAAUAUAUUCUGUAGAUACAAAUUAUUAUAAAAAGGAUUUAAUUUAGCUGUAGCGAGUACGACAACUUGCUCUAAUAGAAUAUGCAUAGUUAGUUUUCCCUUUUGGAAAGGUUUCAUCCAUUGCAGUUCGUGUUUCUCUCUGCAGGAUUUAUUCACACAGUGAUUUAAUAAUCAUAGCCUUUUUCUUUUUUUUUUUUUUCCCCAGAACAGUCUGGGUUUCUAUCAUGAGUACUUUACGUUAUCUCUUAAAUUCAGUUUGCAACACUUUCGAUCUAUGUACCCACUGUGUACAGGAUUUAUACACGUUUUGUGUUAAGUAAUCUGCAUCACUAAUCCUAAUUUGGAUUUACAUCUUUCAAAAUGAUGGAUAAAUUUGGAUUUAAUUUAAACCCUCUGACACUUUUAUUUCUCAGCCUGGUUUGUCAGUGUUUGGCAACCUGUUUUUUGGACACGUCAUCAAAAGUGUUAUCUGUUUGUACACGCCAGCCAGGAAAGAUCUCACUUGUUAAGAGUUUAGCAUUUUUCAACUGAACGAUAGAAUGUUCUUUAAAAUGCUAAUUUUCAUCUUCUAUCUUUUUUGGUUGCAAGACAUUACUCUUCAUUAUGUCAAACUUCCAUAAUUUUCUCUUGAGCCUUUACAGAUGACUGCCUCCCCUAUUUGUCAUUUUCCUCUCAGCUGAUUAUGUUAAACCCAUAAACCACUCUCUCUGUAUAACCUCUAAUCCCUUUAUCAUCUUUGUUGCCCUUCUUGGGAUUCCCUCCAGUCUGUCAUUUUUAAUGCUCUGCGGCGCACACAGCUGUGCAAGGUAUUCUCAAGUGUAACUGUUCCAAGGUUAGAUGGAGUUAGGAAUUAUAACCUCCUUGAGUAAUACAGUAUUCAGAGUGCAGUAUGCUAGGCAGCUAUUCACCAGGAUACAAACGUGCCCUUUCCAUCCUUGCUUUAUCACCCUGCUGAAAGGCAUUAUUUAUACCAAAGCAUAAAAUAAACCCAAACUGCAGACAAAUACAUUUAUGUAAAUGUUAUGGAUGUAACACUAACAAAAGCCACAUGGUAAAAUCCUGGCCCUCUGAGAUCACAGGAAUUUUUUUUGUUAUCACCAACAUGGUCAAGAUUGCUAUGUAGGUUGCUGUCAGCCUUCUGUUUUUGUUAUCUGUCAUUUUCAGUCAAUUUGCCAUUACAAAAUUGAGUUUAAAUGUAAUAUAUUUAUAAUAUAGGGACACGAAUACUCUGAAAGACUCAUUAAUGAGCCUCUUUGCCAAACUCUGAUAUAAAGGAAAUUUAUCUCGCUGCAAAAUUAAAUUUCUAGUUCUUGCCUUCAUCCCAUUGAGAUUUACAAAGGAGUAACAGGGAACUAACCAAGUUCUUCAGGCGAACAGCAGUGGACGGUCUCGACAGUCUGGCAUGUAUAGCACUUCUCCCUUACCCUCAAAAACUCUUUUCAUUCCACCGUAAGAUUUCCCAAGUCAUCCUUUCCCUUUAAUUAACUUGGAUUUCUUUGUUCUUCUGUUAUUGCAAUGUUUCUGCUACACCAGUGACUCUGUAAUCAUUGUAAUAUGCUUCCUCCUUCUUUACAUUUUCUUUUUUUAAUAUUUAAAAAAAAUUUUUCCCUUCUCCAGAAUUUGCAACUAUGGUGGCUGAAUCAUAAAGGCUUUGACCAAUGCAAACCCUUCUCCCAUCCUUCACUGCCCAAUUCCAACCACCUCCUGCUGACUGCUUUGGCUCCUGUUCUAUUUAUUUAUGUUAUUUUAUACUCCAGCUCUGUUCUCUGCAAUCCUGCAACUCUGUAAUUGUGCUGAAAGACACUGUUAAAAUAAUAAAGGUCACAUCAAUCUGGGCUUUAUUCUCUCUCACUAUAACUUCUUUCUUAUUUCAUGUAGGCUUGGCACACGCUGAGAGAAAAUUUUACUCUUUUUUGCUGACAUCCCUGCUGCUUUAUCCCUAGCUAGGGUGAAGUGGGAAGAAAUUUUAAAAAUUAUUUGGGAUAAAACAUGCAUAUAAUAAGUCAUUCAGUCCAAGUUCUCAACUGUGGCAAAACUGACUGCAUUAUUUUUAAGCCAACCCUGCUAAAUGGAUGCAUACUCAUAGCCUGGAAAAUCUGUGAUGGCAAUUAGCCAACUUCAUUUGGCAGUUUGUUCUUUUGACUUAAUCAGCGUUAUAGCUAAAAAGUAUUUCCUAAUAUUUAACCCCUGCUGCAUUUUGGUGGUCUGUAAAUUGAUCCUUGUCUGUAUCAUUUGUUAAAUUUGCCUGGUGCCACGGGACUUGUGGAUACAAGGUUUGACAUGAAUAUCAGUUGGUGCCAAUCAUGCAUGGGGAUAACUUUGUAAACUAUUAAAAAGCGGUCACUUCUGAAACACAGGAUAUGUUUACUAGCAAUGUUACACAACUAUCUAGGACAGGAAGAAUGGAAUACCCAUAAGAAAAAACAGUAUGAAUUUCAGGAAGGGGAACACCAAGAUUCAGGUGUGAUGCUGUUGUUGACACUCCCACUGUCAAAAUAGUAUAUAAAAAAAUUGCAUCAAAAAACAUUUCUUCUAAAACUUUACCAGAGAAGUGAAUAUCUUUCUCUGAGUUACGUACAGGAAACUGAGACUUAAGCUAAGGAAAUGAGUAGCCAACAGUAAGCCUAUGACAGAGCCAAGAGAUGAAUGCUUGUUUCCCAAAUCCUGUUCAGCAACUUUGGCACCAAGCCCAUGCUUUUUAUCUUUUUUUUUUUUUUUCUUAAAGCAAAGAUUAAAGGGUGGGGGGGAAUCACUUUUAGGCAGCACUUUCCCCACAUCUUGACAGAACACUGAUUACUACUGCAAUAAAAAGGAUGGAUAUUGGCCAUUUCUGGAU